AUGCAAGACCGGGAAACGGACGCCAUACUUGGGUUACCUCACCCAUUUGGCAAGAUAUCACGCGACAGUUUGGAGACGUCAGGCGAUUUUACAACUGCCGAUAGCGACCUUUCUCGAAGCCGACUGUCAUCUGGUGAUAACCACUAUUUUGAUGCACAUGACCGAAACUCUUGCGUGAUGCUAGACGUCACGCACGCUGAUGCAAACGUCGAGUCAACGCACCCGAUUAAAAUUGCGUCAACAUCAGCAUGCUACGUCCAUGUUAAUUCCUCGAUAAACAUCUCAAUAGCCCACUCGAAAAAAGCAACAUCUAGUCGCAAGGACGGCACCAGCAAUCACUUGCAAGAGUUGUUCAGCGCUAAAAGUUCUCCUAUCACGACACCAGCCCAAAAGCGUCUUGUAACCCGAAAACAGCAUCGAUUGACACUCAAGGCGUUACUUGAGGCUAAACUCAGUGUCAGCAGUAUUGCUUUCCCCUCGCUGCUCACUAUAAAUGGUUACGAGUAUUCGUUCACGUCAGGGACAAGGGUCAAAGAAACACCGCUCGCAUUUUUUAUCGAUUGCCAACUCAACAGCUGUGGAGGGUCACGAACUUCCAUGCUGGUUUCAUCCUCCAAGCUUUUGCUCAAGAUAUUUAUCGAAGAUGACGCUGAAUUGGCAGAACAAGAGAGUUAUGCGCUUUCCUGCUUGCAAUAUGACGACUCCACACGAGCUUUUGCUCCAUGUAUCCACGACACUGCUCUCAAAUACGAACUAGUCAGCGAGAGUUCCAUGAUGGUACCAAACAUUGUGACCAUAAACUGCUGCAUCCUGGUGCUGGAAAUGCCGAGCUACAUUACGCUAAGUUCUUACGUUGCUACCGCACGUAUGCCAUCAUCUCAGCAAAUCUCUCAUGUGGUGACAGCAGUCCGUGCUCUCCACAGCCGAGAGCUUGUUCAUGGUGCUUUGCAUACGGACAGCUUUGUAGCAUACUCACCUGGUGGACGUUUGAAGCUCUGGGGUCUUGAACACGCUUCAAAAUCAGGACACAGCAUUCCGUUUACUGAUGUGGAUACUUUUGGCGUUUGCCAAGCCGAGUACGUGGCUCCUGAGUAUGCUUUAUUUGCACUGAAAAACGCAAAUAGCUGCCGUACUUCUCCUGCGUUGGAUGUCUGGAGUCUCGGAGUCAUUAUUCUAAAGAUGUACGUCUUGGAUCGACAACUUGAAGAGUUUCAAGGCUGCACGACACGACAUGAUGUAUUCCGACGCUUAAACGCUUCAGGUAUUGAUAGAGAAGUAGCAAGCCCUUGCUUUUUUGAGCGAUCGAUUGCUCAGUUCGUGCAAAACGACGAUGUGAAAGACAUUUUGCAUCAGUGUUUCCAGCGCUGUUGGACAUCCAGACCUUCCGUUGACUCAAUCCUGAACCACGCGUUUUUCCAGCCAAAUAAAUGCGAGGUGUCACGUUUACUCACGAUGGCAAACUCGACUGGUCCUCACAUGCAUUCUGUAAUGACAAACAGGAAAGGUCUAGUCACGUCCUGUACGUCAAAAGAUAUACCAUCUUCAGGUGAACCUGAGCGUGAAACUAGUGGCAGGGAUCAAGGUUCCUACAGAAUUGAAAAUGAUGUUCACGAGCUUGGCGACGUAGCACUCGAGUCAUUACCGCCGAGUUUGUGUCUCUUCUUGGCUCCAGUAGAGCUGGCGCUCGAUUCAACAAAGCGUACCAGCUUCUACUCAGUAGAGCAAUGGGUCUCCAAGCUCCAGCAUCUACAACAACAACGGGCAGAAGAAUUGCGUUUCCCACUCAUUUUCACGUGCGAGUCAUAUGAAUCAAACUUUGCCGUGCCGUGCACUGUCUGCACUACGCCAAAGUUUGGUGUGAGCGUCACAGCUUCUUUGCUGCCGCUUGUGAUGCCGCUAGUACGAGAGACAAUGCUGUUCCUUGAGGCCCGCGCUAUCGUAUCUUCCGGAUCGAGCAUUGAGAAAACAGGCGGACUUGCUGGCCCCCAUCCGUGGCACGAACUUCGAACAUUUUAUCGUGCAUUGGAACACAUGGAGCUAGCAACUGUCAACCCCGUAACUGAAGUCGAGCUUGGACCGAUGGAGCAGCAAUUGAAUGCUCAAGACCCAGCAAAGGCGCAAGAAGUGCUUGAAAAGCUCACCCGCCUUAUAUUCAAUGAGGACAAACGCAAAUAUAUCCGAAACUUGCUAGAUGCUUUCGUUAGUGAAGAAGGUCUGGUGUCUCGCUCUGAACGCAGCAGUUGGGCGACGUUAUACCGCUGCAAUGUGACUUAUGAAACCUCAUCAACGUUGAGUCGAACGCGUUGGCUAUGUAGUCACCAUGCGCGGUGCCAUAGUUAG